GGAUGCUUGUGGCGACGCGCACCCGGGGGCGGUGACCAUCAUCAUCAAAGUGCGACUCCUUGCUCGACGUUCGCAAUAUUUUUUUCCCCCGGCCAAUAUGGCGGCGAAUUUAACUUGAUCGCGUUUACAUGACGCCAGGCGUAUCCCGACGCGCACCACGUGGUGUGCACGUCGGCCAAUAGCCAGCCCCGUUGUUUUGCAAGGAGGAAGGAGGCGGAGAGCGGCGACGUUGGGCGGGAGGCGAGGAACGCGCGGGGCGCUCCAGCAACAGCAAGAAGACAACAACAACAAGGCAACAACACACACAACGAGAAGCCGCAGCGAGAUGCGAGCGCGGCGGUGGCAGUGGCUGGCGCGGUCGCGUUAGGAGGGGGGCGCCGGCGAUGGGCGAGGCGCCGCCUCCUCCGCCCCUGUGGGCCGCGCAGCCCGGCGCCGUGACGGGUCUCCUGUACAGCGGCUCGCGCUUCCGCGGGCAGCAGAAGAGCAAGGGCAAGUCGUACGACGUGGAGGUCGUGCUGCAGCACGUGGACAUGGAGAGCGCCUUCCUGUGCGGCUACCUCAAGAUCAAAGGGUUGACGGAGGAGUACCCGGAGCUGACGACGUUUUUUGACGGUGAAAUAAUCAGCCCAAAGCGCCCGUUCCUCACAAGGAAGUGGGAUGCCGAUGAGGACGUGGAUCGCAAGCACUGGGGAAAGUUUCUUUCUUUCUACCAGUUUGCCAAAGUGUUCAACUCGGACGAUUUCGACUACCAAGAGCUUCAGAUCAGCGACUUUGUCUUCAUGCGAUGGAAGGAACACUUCCUGGUACCGGACCACACAAUCCGGGACAUCAACGGGGCAUCGUUUGCUGGCUUCUAUUACAUCUGUUUACAGAAAUCCACCGCCUCCAUCGAGGGAUACUACUUCCACAAGAGUUCAGAGUGGUACCAGUCUCUGAACCUGACUCACGUGCCGGAGCGCAGCAUCGCCAUCUACAUGUUCCGGUAGCAGAGGAGAACGCCGCUGACCCUCUUGGGUACUCGCGUGCCGUGCCACGCUGCCCAGCGGGCAAAUGGGUCGGGCAGGGCACCCCCCCCCCCCCCCCCCCCCCCCCCGGAGAGCGCACGGGUGACACCGUGCCCACCACCCGUCCUUGCUCGCUUCCAGGAAUUAAGUGCUCGCCCUCUGUUGAGACUCCUGUCGAAUGAACGACUCUGAUGAGGGAGCAGCGGAGUGGCUCCGAGUGGUGCUGAAGAGAGAGGCUAAAUUGAAGCCUUUGAACCCGAUUCUCUGGGAGAGGCUUCCCUCAAUGUCAUGGCGACGUGCUGCAUGGAGACUGGCCUUUGGUGCUGUGCUACAUGCGUGCGUUGGCGUGUGUUCUCUGAUGAGAAGUGGGCAAUAAUAUAAAAGGCCUUUAACGUUUGUUAAAUCUUGGAUUCUUAUUUAAAUGAGUUUUGUCAGGCUGCACGAGAUUGUUUUGAAUACUAAAUGCUCAGGCUGAAUGCGAUGCGCCCCAAUCCUCUGGUGCUGGCUUUUAUCUGCAACGCUACCAAGCCCCUCAUGGUGGAGUUUUGGGCUGUCGGGGUCUUCUUAAGCAAGAGUGAGACCUUUGGGGCCCACAAAGGAAUGGAAGCGUACGUUUUGUACCCAACCAUUUCAGAAUUGUUGAGUGUGUCAUCCCCAAACCGUGCUGGAUUUGACCAUUGAGGGUAACUGGCUCCUCGUGGAAUUGUUUACAGUGGUCCUCGGUUGUGGCAUCUUCUCUGUCGCGCGACAACCUCAUGUGAUACGUCCACUCAUAACCCACGCGCCGCAGCUGUCCGCAUUCACCUUGCCGUGGCUUGGCUGGGCGCAUGCCCUACCCCAUCGGGCACCCUUCGCGAGCUGGUGGUUACAGAGUGGACUGGUGGACGUGCUUGUUGCAUGACAUGUUGCUGCAGGGAGAGUGUAACAGGAGAGCCGUGUCAUUUUUAGUUGAAGCAGGCUCCCUGUAACCCCAGGGGCCGGCGUGCACGUGUAGCAAGCGGGUUUCAUUUAUUGCAGGUCUUAUAACCACCCCCUACCACCCCGCAUGCCAGUUGUGUCCAAUCUCCUAAUCGGCAAUUGGCUGUUUAAUAAUGCAAGAACUUAUUUUGGAGACACGGCCUUAUGGCAUCGCUAACAAACCCCUAGAAGGUGGCUCUGAUGGAAAUUAAGAGCAGACCCGUGGAGAAUUGUCAUGCUGUGCGUAUAUUUCCCUGCAGUGUGUUCGCAAGGGAAGAUAAAGUAAUGGAGCUGCGGUGGAUACCAGAAGGGUGCGGAUGCACCAUGUCGCGGCUGCACCGUGUCGCGGCAGCAGUAUUCUUAAUCGCACCCAACACCUGCGGCGUGCACCGCUUUCCUUCGAAGUGCUUUUGCCGCUCAUGACAAUUGUUUGCGAAUGCAAAAUGAGGAGAGAUAGCACCUCGCUUUGGGUGACAAAUUUCGAAAAAUUUGCGCAAAUGACUGAGACUCGUGUAGAACGCCACUCAGAGGGGAUGCGUGUGGCUGAAUUCACGGUGAGUUUUACUUUUGAUUCAAGCAAAGAAUUAAAUUAUCCCUCUGUGAAUGGUAACCAUGCCUAACGGCUGAUGGAAGCAAGGACAUUGAAACAACAGUAAUUUAGAACCCAAAGACAAACAUUGCCUAAGGGGUUUAGACAGAACAAGCUUUUGCAUUUGUAACCAUUAGCCUCGGGCAGUGUGGCUUUUAUUAGGCGGUAGUUAUUUCUUGUUUUGGCCAACAUUGCUCGUAAUUUCUCCCUCAAAUAACACCCAUAAUGCAUGCUGUGUCAGUGAGCGGGUUGAUUCACGACCAUAAUCGCACCUGUUUGGCUGGUCGUAAGUUAUUGAUUGAACAAGAAAUGUGAAUGUGGAUCGGAGGGCUCUGGGUCGAGUACGCAGGUUUAUUGGGCUGUCAUCGGUAUCCCAAAAAACUCAGUUGACCGUGGGCUGAGCACAUCGCGUAACGCCCGUGAAUGUGUCAUUGUGUACAUGUCAACCGUGAGAUUCUGAACAGCUUGUUACAAAUACUCUGUGCAUAUGUAUAUUUAUGAUUUUUUUUUUACUCGCGUGAGAAUACAGGGAUCCCUUGAUUUACGAAAGCAGUGCGUUCUUAAAAAAAACACGUUAAAACUAAAUUUCGUAAAUUGGAACGGCUUUUCCUACUCAAGAUUAGGCAUGUGUUUUGGACAGACAUUCCAGCCCUACUCUUAGCCUAAAAAUAUACACGACCUAUAUCACUUUUCACAAUGCAAAAAUAAUAAAGGACAAAUAUUCAAACGAUUGAAUAAUAGUCUUGAAUAAAAAAAUUUUUACCUCUUCAGGGAACUCGCCAAAAGAUGAGCGGCGGCGCACUGUGGAGGCGUUGCUGCUACUGCUGCCAUACCGCAGGGACUCUGUCGCGGGUGGAUGACGACGCAGCCUCUCGCGUCGCUUAUCAUUUGAUUAUCUCACGGCGAGUGCCGUAGUGAAAUUGCAUUAAAUAAUUUGGCAAUUACGUUCACACGAAAUUUCGUAAACAUACCGUUUGUAAAUCGAGGGAUGGCUCUACUGGAUCUCAAACUUAUCUUCAUCGGCAUUACAGUCAACGCUUGCGCUUUGGCCUUCAAACACUGCUUUUAAAAAAAACAUGUUUUUCUUGGACUUCAUCAAAAUGUUCCAAGUUUUAUAAUUUUGGUAACUCGUGGACAUUUCAUAGGCCGCAUGAUUAUUGCGUGCGCACGUGUACGAGAUUUGAAAAAAUAUAGGGUGGUGAUUCUGUCAUGUUAUUUUUUAUGGAAUAAGUAAUUUCGUCAGUGGUAAUUGAGUGGCAUGUCACAAUGCUGCUAGAUAACAAUGACACUACUGUCAUCUUACUAACGAAGAGGGCAUCGGUUUUCCUAACACGAGGAAAUCGAGCAUGCAUUCUAUAACUUGCCUAGGGAUUUUGGUGACGAUCAAAUGGAAAAUUGCGCUGCAGUCCUGUAGUCAAGCCUUCGUUUGCAGUUUAUUCUUUUACAUUUUUGUGCUUGCGCUGCGUAUAUUUAUUUUGGGGCCUAUGUGCAAAAGAAAUGUAUUUAUUUUGCUUAUAAUGCACUUGGAUUUGCUUGUCUGGAACAUUUAAAGUAUAAUAAUGGCAAAUGGAAGAGUGUCCACCAAAGGCUAACAACAUGCUCGAGAAAAUCAGAUCAACUGUGGAUUGGUGACGAACCAAAAACAACAUCGGCAGGUGGAAGUUAUCGUUUUCAGAUGGUCCAAGAAGUAUGGCUGAACUGGGUGUUCUAAUGCCUAGAAGUGCAGAGGUCCACUAUUGGGAAAGGGUACACGGGUAUAUUGUGUUCUCAACAUCAGGUGAGUGGGUAUAUGUACUGUGCCCUCAAAAUUGGAACAAAUUUAAACAAAUUGAAAACUGAACUCCCGAAAUAUUAAAUGUAAACUGCAAAGCAAUGAUGGCAUAUUGUUAGCUGGGUUUCCACGCUGUGCAAAUUAUAAAUUACGUUAAAAGCGUAAUUGGAAAUAACGAGGUUUAGUUCAGACAACUGAUAUAACAGGCACCACGCCCCUGAAUGAGUGGUAUUUGAAGGACAAGCGUACGUUGAAUCUCUGAAGAGAAUCUUUGGCGUCUUAUGAUUGGUAAUCUUUCAAAAAAUAUACAGUAUAUAGGCAAUGUUGCGGACUGACAACGCAGUUGUGGUGCUGCAAAGUGACUUGCAUUGCAUUCAGUUACCUCAAAUGGGAACCCUGCUCUCGCGAGCUUUGCAGGAACAGUAUUGACUCGGUGUGCCAUGUAUCAGACUAGGUAACUACCCUCCGUGCUCGGUGUGCCGUGUAUCGGACCAGGUAACUACCCUCCAUGCUCGGUGUAUCGGACUAGGUAACUACCCUCCGUGCUCGGUGUAUCGGACCAGGUAACUACCCUCCGUGCUCGGUGUAUCGGACUAGGUAACUACCCUCCGUGCUCGGUGUGCCGUGUAUCAGACUAGGUAACUACCCUCCAUGCUCGGUGUGCCGUGUAUCGGACCAGGUAACUGCCCUCCGUGCUCGGUGUGCCGUGUAUCGGACCAGGUAACUACCCUCCGUGCUCGGUGUAUCGGACCAGGUAACUACCCUCCAUGCUCGGUGUAUCGGACUAGGUAACUACCCUCCGUGCUCGGUGUAUCGGACUAGGUAACUACCCUCCGUGCUCGGUGUGCCGUGUAUCGGACUAGGUAACUACCCUCCGUGCUCGGUGUAUCGGACUAGGUAACUACCCUCCGUGCUCGGUGUAUCGGACUAGGUAACUACCCUCCGUGCUCGGUGUAUCGGACUAGGUAACUACCCUCCGUGCUCGGUGUAUCGGACUAGGUAACUACCCUCCGUGCUCGGUGACCGCAGGAGCCCGGUCUGCACACGCUGGUGCAUUCAUGUUCGGAAUGUGCCAUAAAAUUGUGAAGAGUUGAUUUCUGCAGCUUUGAUACAUUUAUGGAUGUUUGUUUUUGUGCACAUUGGGUAAAUGCUUCACAUAUCCCUAGUUUCCAUACUCAUCACUCCCGUCACACUACAGCCUUCUUUGUCCAACACGCAAUUCUUUGAAAAUGCAUUGUGCAGCGUUGGACUGUCAGUUCACAUUCGUUAUGGGCACAUAAAAAAAAUCAAAGUUACUUGUGAAUUCAGUAAAAUAAGUGAAUUCCGAAAACAAAUGAUCAUGUGCAGCGUAUUGUAGUCUUUAUUAUUUUACAUAAAAAUGGAAGAGUGAGCUGUGUAGAUGGAAAACACGUCACUUGUUUGAAGUGCCAGAUUGAUCAACAUUGGAUUUCCAUUGCAUUUGAUUUACUAUUGCUGUUUGAUGUCAAGACUGAGUUGCAUUCUACCGUGUGGGGUGAUUAAAACAUGCCGUAAAUAAUGUAUAAUUUAUUAAACAGCAUUGGCACUUUUUGCAAUAUU